CUGUCUGUCAAUCAAGCGGCACGCAGGCAGCGGUCCCGCCUCCCGGCUGUCAAUCAAGCGGCACGCAGGCAGCGCACGUCGCCAGCGGGCGCCGGUUGUGUGACCGCCGACGGCAACCAGAGGACACAGUUCCCGCGAGUAGCGAAGCGGAGCAGGACCGACCCGCCGCACCCGGAGCAACACGGCCGCACGGGCAAUGGCGACGACCACCACCACCCUCGGCGUCCUGCUGCUGCUCUUCCACAGCGCGACCGCUUACACAGAUCCUAUAAUUAUCAAAGAUCCUGAAGUCUUGGAAUCUGGGGAAAAUACAAAGGAAGGCAUUCUUAGCUGCAACCUGACAAAUCCACCCUCUUCGAUAGAGGGUCGUGUAUGGAAAAAGGAUGAUGUGGAAAUCCCAACAACUAAGGAUUCGGAGACAUCAACAUGGAUGGUGUACAAACUAGAGGCUGUUGAUGCAAAACAUUCGGGAGUGUACACUUGUCAUUAUUUCACGACUCCUCCUGUCAAUGAUACCAUCCUUGUGAAAGCUCCACCUGGUGUGAGUGUUGAGAAGAAAUCUGAACAUGGAAAUGAAGGAGAUUAUGGAGUGUUGAAAUGUCGGAGCAGUGGGUUUCCACCAGUUGAGAACUGGACAUGGUCCCGGCAGACCAAAGCUGGUACUGAAAUAAUCGUCAAUGGAACAAGUAACAUUCACAUCAAGAAUAUGGGAAAUAAGACUGAGUUGCGCAUCUAUCCUCUGGAUAUUGAGGUAGACCAAGGAGAUUAUUUCUGCAAUGCGACCAAUGAAAUUGGCGCAAAAAUUGAAAUCAUUCACCUGCGAGUUCGUGGCCGUUAUGCUGCUGUCUGGCCCUUCUUGGGAAUUGUUGCUGAGGUGAUUGUGCUUGUUGCAAUUAUCUUCAUUUAUGAGAAAAGGAGAAAGCCUGAUGAAAUUUCAGAUGACGAUGAACAAGGAUCUGCACCUUUGAAAAGCAAUUCAGCCACGAAUCAUAAGGAUAAAAAUAUCAGGCAGCGAAACUCCAACUGAUUUGAUUGAUCCUUCAGGAAAGGAGGAGACCUACACAACUUUAAGCAAGACUGCAAAAAGGAUGGGUUUUCUAGUUGGUAUAGAGAAUGACACCUUCAACAUGAUUCAAGUAUUUGAUCUAUUCACAGAUCCUAAAUCAUUUGGAUCUACAAAAAAACUGUUAAUUUAACUGCUGGUGCCUUUCAACUGCAGUAUAAUGCCAUUGGCACCAGCAGUCAAUUAGUUAAAGGAACAGUGUAAAAUUCUAGGCCUAUCUCACCUGUAUAAACUGGACUAAAAUGUUCUUGGUAAAGAUUUGCAUUUUCUUCACAAUUAGAUUGAAACCUGUGUGUUCUGUUAAACAGUAAUUUAAUAUUUAUCAUCCUGCUUUAUAUAAACUACGGAUUACCAUAAUUAUUUUGGCUGGAAUUUGUAAAUAAAAACGUUUCACUCUUAAUUUAUCACAUGUAGGUCAACAGUAAGGAUGCUGUCUCAUUAUUCUCAUGUUUUUAAUCCUGCAUGUUUAAAUUUUCAAAUUGGCUUCUGAUGUACGUAGUGUGAUGCUGGUGAAUUUCUCGAAUGUUGUCAUGUUAUUCCCUUGAUUUGAUGUAUACUCAAGGAAGUGGUAGUUUGCACAUGUAUAUGGUUUAAAUUCAGUGUUUCGUUGUCGGGAAGGGGGUCAGUCUUCCUUUAACUUCCAUUAUGAAGAAAGAUCCUUAUAGAGUGAUUGGAUAAAACUCCAGUCUAUCCUACUUAUAUUUUAAUAGUUAUCAUUGGAAACAAGAUGGGAAUGCCAUUGGCUAGUGGUGAUAGUUAAAAUAAAAGCAAUAAUCUUCAUUCUGGCUUGUACCCUAUUGCUGAAUUCCUACCACUAGUUUAAUUUCCUUUUUGGGAGCCUACCCAGAGAGGGCAGCAUCUAAUGAAUAUACUUACAUUGAGAUUUAAUGACAAAGGUUUCAAAUACCAAUUUUAUAGUUGGCCAUAUAUGUCAGUUCAGCAGAACCCAUUGGUGAAUAUUUUCAGCCCCUUGAAGGUAAUUUGAGGGGGGGGAAAUUUCUGCAGUUCCCAUCAGAAAAAUCUAGGUUGCAGCCAUCUUGGGCCCAAAGAAUCAGAUUCCACUAAGAGCUGGUCUGAAUCAGUAACUGUGCUGGAGCCGUCUACUAAGGAUGAGUGGCUCAUUAGUUCUCUUUAAAUGAGGACUGGGAUUCCCAGACCUUCCCACACCUGCAAGCUUUCACCAACACACUCUCUGAUUUCUUGACCAAAAACCAUUCAGUAAUGGAGAUUUGAAAAUAUUGAGUAUACUUGAAUUAUUUGCUAAUGCUCCAUUAUUCACCUCAAAAACAAAAAAAAUUCAAUUUCCCCUCUUCAGUAUUACUGGUAAGAUUGUGCAUGAUCUGUGGUCUUUAGCAUAAAUUCUUGCUUUGUAGGCUGCAAUUCCUAGUUUCCUGCAGGUGGAUAUAUAGCACAGUGUGUUACUACUGUACUUUUAAUGCCAUUGUUUAUGGAGCUUAGUUUGCCAAUAUUUUUUGCUGCCUAUUUGUCCGGGAAAGAAAAGGCCCAAAUAAUAUGGUGAUUUUUGUUGCUUGUGGUUUCUGCCUUUUUAACCUUUAAAAUGAAGGACCGCUCUCAUCAGAGUUUGAAAUGUUGGCCCUAGUGACACUGCAUGUUAAUUUUAUGUUCAGUGGUUGAUUUUUGGAAAGCAGUACAAUUAAUGUCAGUUUUGCAUUUGAUGAAAUUCUCAGUUCAAAAUCCAUGGAAAUGUAUCUGAUUUGGAAAUCUAUAAUUUUUGUGUAGACAGAGGAUAGUUUGUAGUAUUUGGCCAUCAUACAGCACCACUGUUAAUUGUAAUGCAUUUUUUCUGCUAAAUCUUUAUUGCUAAAUGAUUAUCCUUUAAAAUGAAAUUAGAUAACUUUUUUCAAAUUCGUGUUGCCACUGCCUCAACAGCAUGCAAUACCUAUGUUUGAAUUCACAUCAUUAAAAUUUUUCGAUUUUAUCAAUUUCACCUGUAAAUUGUGCAUUCUUUCAAGUUCGUUCACAGAUUUUUCUCAUUACUACUGCUUUCUGAUGUAGUAGUUGAGAAUACUUUGGACAUGUAUGAAUAACUCACUGGACUGUGUCCCCACCACUUGAGUCUACCUUGUAUCACUGAGAUGAAGGUGUUUAUUUCAUUACCCUCAUGAACAAUGGAACAUAAUAUGGUAAACUGAGUUUUAUUAUUUAGCUUGUUAUUGAUAGCUGAAUUCACCAUUUAAUUGAUGUGUGAAAUCUACUGAAACAUUGAGAAACUGAAGCUUUGCUGAGAAUCCUUGGAUCUGCUUACUGAAUAGUAAUUUUCAUUGAUGACUGGAAGAAAUCCAUAUUGGAAACCAUCAACUUUGGAUGAUGGUAUGCAACUAUUAUAUUGUGUGUGGCUUUGCUUUCUUAGAUUGUCCAAGGCUGCUGCAAAAGUACUGACGUCCAAAAAUGUGACCUGUGUAUUGGCUAACCUGCAACAUGAACAACUUUCAGAGCCAUGUGGCAAAUUAACCCCCACUUCUGCUCGUGGCAUUACUUUCAUUGCAUGCCUGUGUUUCAUUAGAAAUGCUAUGGCAUAUUUUGCUAUUGUGGAUGAAAUAAAUGUGGAAAAAUUAACAUGA